AGAAGUGGAACAUUUCUCCGUCCUCUCUGUGAAGCAAGACAAAAGAAAAUCCUAUUGUUUCCAGUCUAAGCAAAUAUCUUAGUCUUUUUCAAAAAGAUGCGUCGCUCCUCUUCGUUGUUCUUCACGACUGCCUCAAUGGCUAUGAUGAUGCUGUUUUUUGGUGCUGUAUCGCCUACGACAGCACUAGCAUCUUCUGUAGGAGUAUCAACGGGAAGGGAUCGAGUGCGCGUCACCAAAGAGCCAGACUGGAAGGCAGAGGUGGCCAAUCUUCUUGGCGGGAUCCUACAAAGAUUGGAAAAGCGACGAUCUCUUUUAGCAGUUAUGAGGAAUUUUUGGACUCAGUUGAUAUUGACGGGGUAAUAGGUAGGAGCAAUUCUACCUAGGCUCUAAAAGCAGUAGGUUUAGGUGAGAGCUAUUGUUGGACAGAAGUGCUGAUGUUGAAAAGUUGACGAUCUCUUGCUCUUCUUCUACGGAGAGUGGUUAUGUUAUCAAGUAAAAGAAAAAAGAAAUUUUUCGAAAACUCAAAAUAACCGAGUUACUGACUGAAAUAUAAAGGGAAGUAGCUUAACAUCAAGGCUGCUCUUCAUUCUCAUAAGUAAAAGUAUCUCGGUUAUUCUCAUCAGUAUCUCGGUUAUUCUAGAAAUUUUUCGAAGUACAACUUACUAUGGAUGCAAGGGCGUCGCUUGAAUCGCACUCUCAUGUACACCUCCUCCAAGUCCUCGGAACAAGAUGUUCUCGGUGAAGCAUUUCGUUCAGGCGGGCUGUCAGGCGCAGCCGUCUCCGAGUUGAAAAACCUGGUAGAAGAUGCAGGAUUAUGAAAGAACAUUUUAUAUUUGGAUUGAAAACUUUCACUUUGAAAUUGAUAAAGUGAUAAGUGAACAGGCCAACGCCUAAACCACUAAGCUAACUGCGCAGUUGCCUUAGUGGUUUAGGCGUUGGCCUGUUCGCUUAUCAUAAAGUACAAGCUAGCGUAGCGCCACCAGCUGUAGGCCGUAGUUGUGCUUUUGGCUCUUCAGUAGCCACUGAGGUCUGCUGUUGUUAUGUUAGUGGGCCCACGGCUAACCUAACCUAACCUAUUUUCAUCUUUGAUGGAGAUGAUUCGCUGAACUCAGUAAGCUUUAGGACUUUCAACAUAUUACUAAACUAUAAGGCCAUGAAGAUCCUUCAUGCAAUCAUCUUCUGAUCAUACAUAUUAUGUUUACGGAAUCGCAAAGAAAAAUCAGACAUCAGUGUCUUCCUUUCAGAGUCACAACUCCCAUGUCAUCGACGAGAACAUUUUUAAGUGUAAGUAUGUAUACAUUUUCUUCCUCCAAACAGUAACCUUUCCGACAGAGCUGACGGCUAUCUUGGAGGCCGAUACCUACCGGAAAGUACGAAAAAGGAAGUCGCUAAGAUCUUGCAGGGAAUCAUUUCCAGGUUGUCGAAGUGA